GUAGCCUGGAGUUUGCAGUGUUUUGGCGAGCUCGCUAGUUAGCUAAAUAAAAACUCACCAGUGGCUUUAGCUAGUUAACUAUACAUUUUCUCCAUACACAACAAAGAUGAACGCUAUGGUAUCUGUAAAACGGGAGCGAGAAAUUGACUUGGAAGACGAUGAAGUACCUGUGAAAAUUGGCCGUUCGUCCGAGGACCGCAGAAGUCGCCAUUGUCCCUACCUCGACACAAUAAAUAGGAGUGUACUGGACUUUGAUUUUGAGAAGCUAUGCUCCAUUUCCCUCUCCCACAUCAAUGUAUACGCCUGUCUCAUCUGUGGGAAAUACUUCCAAGGUAGAGGGCUGAAGUCCCAUGCCUACACUCACAGUGUGCAGUUCACACACCAUGUGUUCCUCAAUCUGCAUACCCUCAAGUUCUACUGUCUACCAGAUAACUACGAGAUCAUUGACUCGUCGUUGGAAGACAUCACGUAUGUACUAAAGCCCACGUUCACCAGACAGCACAUCUCUGGAUUGGAUAAGCAGGGAAAGCUGUAUCGAGCCUAUGAUGGCACCACCUAUCUGCCUGGCAUCGUAGGGCUCAACAACAUCAAGGCUAAUGACUACGCUAAUGUGGUGCUGCAGGCCCUGUCCAAUGUGCCCCCACUGCGGAACUACUUUUUGGAAGAGGAGAAUUACUGCGGCAUCCGUAGGCCGCCGGGUGACAUCAUGUUCCUGCUGGUGCAGCGAUUCGGUGAGCUGAUGCGCAAACUGUGGAACCCACGGAACUUCAAGGCCCAUGUGUCGCCCCACGAGAUGUUGCAGGCCGUAGUGCUGUGCAGCAAGAAGAACUUCCAGAUCACCAAGCAAGGGGAUGCUGUGGACUUCCUGUCAUGGUUCAUGAACGCUCUGCACGGCGCACUGGGAGGAACCAAGAAGAAACCCUCAAGCCUUACCAAAGUGUUCCAGGGUUCCAUGCGUAUCUUUUCCAAGAAGCUUCCUCACCCAGAUUUGCCACCAGAAGAGAAGGUGGCUCUGCUUCUGAAGGAGGAGUACCAGGAGGAGAUGUCUGACACCACCUUCCUCUUCUUGACCCUUGACCUCCCCACAGCCCCGCUGUACAAGGAUGAGAAGGAGCAGCUCAUCAUCCCACAGGUCCCCCUCUUCAACAUCCUGGCCAAGUUCAAUGGCAACACAGAGAAGGAGUAUAAAACAUACAAAGAGAAUUUCCUCAAGAGGUUCCAGUUGCUCAAGCUGCCCCCCUAUCUCAUCUUCUGCAUCAAGAGGUUCACCAAGAACAACUUCUUUGUGGAGAAGAACCCCACCAUUGUCAACUUCCCCAUCACGAACGUAGACCUUCGUGAGUAUCUGACAGAGGAAGCACAGGUCACAGAGAAGAACACAACCUAUGACCUGGUGGCCAAUGUGGUGCAUGAUGGGAAGCCCACUGAGGGGGCAUACAGAAUACAUGUCCUGCAUCAUGGCACUGGAAAGUGGUACGAGCUCCAGGACCUGCAGGUGACAGAUAUACUGCCCCAGAUGAUCACACUGUCAGAGGCUUACAUUCAGAUUUGGAAAAGAAGAGAGAGUGAAGAUGACACAACUAACCACACUGGGGCGUGAAUUAGGCAUUUAAUGAGCAUUGAUCAUAUUUAAAGAUUGAUUAUACAGGAAAGAGCUGUCACUUGCUGGCUAGUGGUCAGACAGUAUCCCGUGUAAUUGGAUACUGUCCAAGAUGACCUCAGAGUAAGCCCCCACCACAUGAGGACCAGGACAUUUUAUUUGCGGAUUUUGGCUAUAGCGAAAACAAUGAUGUUUACUAUUUUUUGUUCUUCGCUUACAUUUUUAAGUGUAAAUGGUAGAUUAAACCAGCUUUGGCUUUUCUGUUUUCAGUCAUUAAUAUUAUUUGAGAUUUUGCACAAUUUGACACGUGUUGAUUUGUCUUAGCCAUAGUUGGGUCUUUAUUUGUGAAACAAGGAAGUAAAUACAAUUCCAACAUUUUGAAUAAGACAUGACCAAAUAGUGAAGGUUACAAAAAGAUGUUCAUAUUAUAAGCAGUACAUUAUAGGAUAAAUAUACUCAUGUAUACACAAAUACUUCAGACUCACACAUGAAUAUUACUUAGAUCAUAAAAAUGGAACCUAAACAUUGUAUAUUAAACUAAGGCAAUGCAUUGACAUAUUACUGGUUUAAAGGAUUUCUCCAUCAAAAGGAGGUAUAUGUUCACUCAAAUACACUCAAGACACUUCACCACUUUAUUUACUGUACCAUGUUUGUUUUCCCUGAUUAUGACUGAUUUUAUAUGAAUAACUUUAUUCCAGAUAACAGGGAAAAGUAACAAUUAUUUUCUAAUGUAAAUGAGGUAUUAAACUUGUGGAUAUAUCUGCUUAAAAAGUAACACAAUUUUUUUAACUCAAUCAUUUACAGUAUGUUUGAAUGAAUUACUUACUGUACUCGUAAUGGCCCACACAGUGAAAAUCAAACCUGACACCAUCAAAUCAUCUCAGUGCUACACCAUUAGCCUAACACAAGUACAAAUCUAAAGAAGGAAAUAUACAGACAUUUUUCUCAAAUUGCUCAACAGUGCAAUAUAAUACCUGUUAAAUUAAAUGUACAGAAAAAUUAAGGCAACAGUGCAGUCAUUAACAAGUUACGUUCUUAAACACACUUAGCAGUUAAUAAAUGCAGAUAAUUCAUCAUAGCUUCAUCCAUGAAGGGAGAUCUCUGGGUGUGGUUUUCAGCUCUAGUUCAUGACCUUCUGGCAGAAGUCUACCAUCUGGAGUUGUAUCAAAAUGAAACCUGAUCAGAUAUAAUGCACUAUACCAAAACAUUGAUGUGGGUAGUGUUGUUUUUCAGACAAUAAACCCUGGCUUGUACUAUG